UAUUAAUAGAUCCCUGGAUCCUGGCCAAUGUUAUAUUUAGUAAGAUCAUCAGAGCAGUUCCUGAUAGUGACUGGUCAAGGCACGCGCACGCAUUGUCAAGUAUGUCAACAAAGCAGGGUCUAAAGUGGGAGCCGUGGCUAGCAGAACAUUUCCAAGAUCUGGUGGAGGAUAAUCCCCUCAAUGUGGGGUAUCUAGAUUCAAUUGACAAAGUUGAUGAGCAAUUCCAAGGAACUGCAACUCAUGGCCUAGCUAGGAGCAGUACAUCUUUCACUUUUGAAGACAUGAAAAAAAUUAUUUCGAAGAUGCCUCCCAAACAGCUUGUUAAAACGGAUAAGGAUGGAGAUUUGCCGGUUCAUAGUGCUAUUCUCAGUGGCACUAAAGUCGAUAAAAAAAAAAUAGGUCUUUUCGUCCAAGGAGAUCCUCAGCAAAUUAAGAAAAUUCUGCGUGCAAAAAACAAUAAAGGAAAAACUCCCAUCGAAUUAGCUUUUGAAACGCAACAUAGUACAGCAGUCGAGCUACUGUUUAACCUGUGUGUUCAGCAUGAUGUCCUAUCUCAUUUAACAGGAAUCAAUUUUAACAUGCUUGAUCGAAGUAACACCCUUCUUCACAUUGCGAGUAAGUGGUCAUGGUUCCUUGACAUCGUUAUUGACGCAUGUAAACAAUUUCACCACGAUAUCAUUCCUGCUAUACAAGUUCUGGAUGAAAAGGAUUACACGCCCUUUUACUAUCUCAUGAACUGUAUUCCGAAUGAUCCUAAUAAGUUGAGUACGUUUAGAGCAGUGCUAGAUUUACUGAAACAAAAUGAAGUUGACAUCAAUACAAUAUACACCGACUCAAAUGAAAGGACAAUGCUUCAUGAAGCCCAACGCAGAAACAACACACAUGCAGUAUCUUUACUAGUAGAGUGGUACAAUCACAAAGAUGUUCCAGACAAACAAGGGGUUAAACCGUCUCAGAGAAACCACCACAUUCCACUACUAUCAGAGGAAGUGGAACAAUCUUUUGCUCCAAGUCAGAUCACUGGCGACCAGAGUCUUCCAGUCUACCAGCAGCCUCCUCCAGAGCGCACACCUCUAACACAAGAUGAGAUUGAUGCUCUACAGAAGCUUAUCGAGGGGACAGAAGUGAACAUUGAUGACAUCAUUGCUACUGGUCAAGGCAUCACUCUUGAAGAAGCUCAACAAUUAUUUUCCCAGAAAGGUUACAUCGAGGACGCAAGGAAUCUCAGGACAAAACUCAAAGAAAUUGUGCAGCAGCGAUAUCUCGAGAUACUCAAGGAUUUGAUGACAGCUGCAGACACCAUCGACCUUCGCUACUUGAAACUUUUUCUUGUUGGCCCACCAUUUGUGGGAAAAACGACCACUCUAAGCCGUCUGUUAAAAGUAUUUGAGAAUAUUUAUUCAGCAGGUGACAAAGCAAAGCUUCAAAGUACACUACUCGCUAACUGUAUUCAAGCAUUUGCUAUUGUUGGUGACGACUCAGCAGAGUGGCAGUCUUCCAAUGACUUUGACAGUGACUUAGACAGUGAAGCAAAAAUUGUAUUAAAUUAUUUCUGUGGACAUAAACAAAUAGCUAAAGAGGCACCGCUGGACAUACCCCUUAGUGAAGAACACACUACUCCACCCAAACCUGCCAGAACACAGCCACAUGUUCAACAAGACAAACCCCACACGCAAAAUUCACAAGUCGAAGCUUAUAUUAAAGAUCAAAGGAUUAGUGAUAUUGUUAGUCGAUUCCAAAAGUUGAUCAAAAGUGGAGAAUAUUCUAACCUUUUCAAUGCUCUGGGCACAUUUUUGAACAUUAAUGAUAUUGGUGGUCAGCCAGGCUUUUUAGAAAUGCUCCCAGCCCUGAGUACUGGUCCGGCCAUGUAUCUUGUCUUCUUAGACUUGAGCAAAGAGUUAAACAAGCCGUACAAGAUCGCUUUCAGUCGCGAUAAAACAAUCAUCACUCCCUAUGAUUCUAUACACACAGUCAAAGACACAGUGUCACAAAUCCUUUCUUCCAUCAGUAGCAUACAUAGUAACCCUCAAGUGACCUCUUCAUUUAAGACCGAUACAGUUGCUGGAUUUAGAGAGAAGCUUGAAUGUUUUUUACAAGUUAGUCCGUUGGCUGCGUUGAUAGGCACUCACAAAGAUAAGCUGGAAAAUCCUGAGGAGGUGAUCGAGGAAGAUUUAAAAGACAUUGUACAAAAGUUUGAUAAAGUAAUGAUUUGUCCAUCAGCUAAUUCUAGCUCAAAGGUUUUAUUUACUGUGGACAACUACACUGGAACUGAGCAGUCGGACAUAGCCCCUCUUCGUAAAUUGUUGAGUGAAAUCUUUCACAAACGCUUCAAGGAUGCUUUGCUACCGAUUAGACCAAAAUGGCUUUUAUUUGGACUCAUUCUACGAAGGGAAUACAAGAUUGCCAGUAUUGAAGAUUGUCUAGAGUUAGGGAAGAAGCUUGAAAUGGAUGAAAAUGAAACGAAAUUUUGUCUGCGGUAUCUUCACGACUGCGUUGGCACUGUCAUGCAUUACACAAACAUAACAAAUGAUAAGGAAAAGUGGCUUAAAAAUCGUGUAAUCUGCUCCCCUCAAGUAGUCUUCGAUAGCAUCAGUCAGCUGAUUCUUCCUUCUAUGCGUGAACUUCAUUCUGGAGGUACUUUCACUGAGUAUGAGCGAAAAGAGUUGAUUAGAAAGGGGCAAUAUUCAGCUGAAGCCAUCGAAAUGUAUUGUAAAACUGCUCAAGUAAGCAAAAAGUUGGGAAACAACGAACUUAUCCCAGCCAAGGCUCUUAUUACACUUCUUCAACAUCUAAAUCUUCUCUCUGAAAUUAUUCACAUAGAUGUUAAUAAUAAGAGCAAAUAUCGAAGCACCUAUUUAAUGCCCGCUAUCUUGGAGUGUGUUUCUCUGACCAACCCACCUCCACCAGAUGCCAACAAUCCAGAGCCACUGCUCAUCACAUUUAGCUGUGGUUACGUUCCAACUGGAGCUUUUUGUGGUCUGAUUACUCAACUAGUUUCCCGAGGCACUCAUGGAAUCCUCGGAUUGACGUGGAAGUUAGUAGAAGAUGGUGUCAAGCGAAACUGUGUUUCAUUUGUUAUCGAUGCGGUACAUACAGUGACUAUUAUCUCUCGUGAAAGAUACUAUGAAAUAAGAGUUUGUUUAAAAAAAUCGAAAAUCUCUGUCAAUGAGGUUUGUGCAUAUGUUUGGUCUGUAAUUCAGUACAUUCUUAGCGGCCUUUAUGAGCGAUUAGUUCCACAAAUUGCUUUUCAGUGCCACUGUCCUAAGCACUCGGAAGAGCCCAAUCUCAACGAUAUUUGUUCAAUUUCGCUAGGAUCAGAAGUCAGAUUCCUUUGUGAACGCUCCAAGGACCCUGUUACCCUGAGGAAGACUCAAAUGGUUUGGCUUGGAAAGGCUAUUUCUAUUGGUCAGAGUGCUAGCUUGGGUGUUUUUGGGUUUGUUAAGGAACAGUCUCUGAAGAGAUUUUCUUUUAAUUGGAGCAAAGUGGGAGAUGACAACACACAACCAAUUCAUCCCUGCAAGCCCAACAUUCUCACCUUCCAGAGUGUGAGUGAGGAGGACCUGGACUACUACCAGUGUGAGGUGAAGGAGGCUGGGACAGUGGUCCUCACUGUCUACAGAACUUUCUACAAAGAUGAGCUUAAUUCCGAAGAAUGUUUAGGAGGAGCUGGUCAGAAGAGACGUCUAUCCGCUGGGGAAACAUCCAGUACCAAACGAUUACGCUCAUCUACACAGGUACCUCAGACUCUGGGGACGAGUGACUCAGCCACACAGAGAGGACUACCCGCUAAUCAAGUCACGCUCCAAGAACUAAUAAAACGAUACAGUCUGACUGACGAGCAACUCAACAGUAAAAUAGAGUACUCUGAUACUCCCAAACUGGCCUUAUGUUUCGAUAAUGUGGAACUUUAUUCGAGUUCCAUGAAACUACCUCUUGCAGAACAAGCCGAUGUGAAUAUGUUGUACUACAGAGAAGGAACUCAAACAGCCAUGAUGAAGUGCUUGAAAAUCUGGAAACAACAUAAUCCUUAUCAAGCAACUUACAGAGCUCUACUGGAUAUUGUACUGGGAUUGUAUAAAGGAGAAACAGCUCAUCAAAUCUGUCAGCAAUUGACCCCACACAGCAUGACUAUUAAUAUGAGAACCUGAGAACCUGAUACUGAUACUGAUUGUACAGGAGGUGUGAGGGGUGUGGUCACUGGCUCGGACUCAUGAACUGAUUAUAUACACAAGCAAGCAAGUGUAUAUAACUGUGUACAAGACGGACAGGUAAUCGUUUUUGCUAAGUGUAUUAUAAGAUAAUAUUAAUAUUUUUGUUCAUACUAUAGAUGCAUGCAUGUACAUGUUUUGUACGGAAACUGUUAUAAUUAUGUUAUGUAAUCAAUAUAA